ACUUGAAAUAAAGUUUUUUUCAUCACACCUGCUAGUGGAAAAUUUCAUGUUUUUCGCUAGAUUAUGAGAAUAAUUUACGAUUAGUACAUCGUAAUUGUUGGAGUAAUCGUUCGGAGGAGAAAACAUGUUGCGCCUAGUAGAGUGAGAAUCGAUAAUCAACUUGCAAUACGAUCUGUGACACGAUUAUUUGGUUUGUACCUUGUAUUGAUUUGCUGGCAGUGGAAAGGUGAACAAAGUGCUGCAGAAAACUCGUAGGUUGUUGAACGAAAAAGAAAAAUUACGUGUACUGUACGUCGUACAUUGGUAUUUCCAAGUUAUUACAAAGGUCGUUGCAGCUCGUGUGUGCAGCUAUGUCUAGUCAGAUUCCGCCACUGGUAUGUCAUACACCUCCACCUAUAGACUUUGACGCGGAUGACGAUGACGAUGAUUACGGAUCGGAUAUACCCGAGGACGAUGUAAUUGGCAUCGAUGAUCGAAAUGGGACUGACUGUCCGGAAGAUGAUUUUGGAGACUUUGCAACAGUACUGCCCGGAGCCACGAAUCUGGAUCCGAUUCCUACCGAGGCUGUGAUAGACAAUGAAACGGUGGAGCUUUCCAGUAUUUCGGAAGCAAUCGGAACUAAAGGCAUUUUUCCAGCACGAUUAGGUUCGGACAGUCCGCCUUCCUUGAUAUUGCCACCUAAUGAAUAUAACGAAGCAGGCGUUGAUGAAACAGCUGGCAACGAAGUCGGAGACGAAGACGAAGAAGAUAUCGAUUUUCAACCAUUUGGUAGUCCGUCGCAACCACCUGAACCACCACCGGAAGACAGCAUCAGUCUACCAUCGUUGCACUUCGAUGCAGAUGUGUCAAAGUCGGAGGAUGAUGAUAACGUACCUGUUCAGCCAAAUGCCACAAGCUCAACAUCAUCGGGUUCAGGAAUCGAGACGGAAGUUGACUUACCUGUUGCAGCAGCAGCCGAGCGUACGACACCCGUGAUACAGGAGUGUGGACGGUUUGACGAUAACACGGAGAAUGAUUUUACGGAUUUUACAACUGCCUCAAAUGAGCGAUCGUCAGUGGUUUUAGAAAUUCCUACCGCGAACGACGUUUCCUUUGAGUUAGAUGAUUUUGCUCAGCUCGAAUCGACACCGUCGGCCGAUAGUAACUUCGUAUCACAGCAAAGCCGUGCUGACUUUGCCACGUUCGAUGCCGAUUUUAGCAAGUUUGACUCGUUUCAAGCGUCAUUCCCGGCGACGAUGGAUGAUGUGGUUCCGGUAAAGACGCCAGUGGAGGAAACUAAAUCCAUGCCGAUUAUUGAACAAACGUCCGUUAAAAAGUUACACGAUCUACAACCACCGGAUGAUGAGUUUGACGAUUUCCAGGAGUUUGCUACCUUUUCCGAGCAACCGAUUGCCACAGUAUCAACGCAAUUUUCGGAAAAAGCUGAUGCCACAAAUAAGGUGGAAAGAAAGUCAGAAUCAUGUAUUUCAACUGUUGAAAAUGGAAAGCGGAACAUUGAAACGCCAUCGACUGGCAGAUUAAGUAAUGCCGUGAAUGAUACCUCGGACGUUGAAGAUGAUGAUGAUGAUUUUGGAGAAUUCAGUGAUUUCAAACAACCGGAAACAGUCAGCACACCAGCCGUACCACCAAUUUGUACUUUUUCCAUGGAUAACGUGCACAAGCUACUUCAAGCAAUGUUUCCGAGCGUCGUACCGGAAUUGCUUUCAACAGACACGGGACAGCAAACAACGGUCGUGAACAACAUACCCUACAAUAAGCUGCAUUCCCAGCUACAGGACUUCGACAAUACGAACGCACUUACCUAUCAACAUAGCAAAUCGUCCAGUAGCAAAACGCUCGUAACGGCUCUCGGCAUCGAUUCAAGAAAUAUAAUGUACGGACCUAAAUGGAACAGCUCAAUGCCAAGGUUUGCAGCAAAUCUCAGUUUCAAUCCGCUGGAACCCCUCAAACCGAUCACAUCGUCAACGGCAAAAGAGACAGGUCCUAACACCAGCGAAAAAAAUGCCAAUAUCGUCCCAGCCGCGAAAGCCACUGGCACAUUUUCUGGCGGGCUUGAUCCAUUGCAGGCUAAUCCCGCUCCAAACACAUCAGUUCCGGCGGCACAGUUUGAUUGGAACAGUUCGGGUUUGGUUAAUCCACUGGAAGCAUCACAUGCACACACAUUAUUAUUGGACCUAGAACAGCUAGAGGUGAUGGCAAGUCUGAAAGAUAAAAUAAAUGUUGAUUCCUCCUCCUACUCCCCUGCACUCCGGUCCACGUGUAAUGUUGCUAAUACUGUGCAACUUUAUUCGGCUACAACAACGGCCACAACGAUAACUACAACAACACCUUUAUUGUUACCAUCAUCACCUUCACCAACUUUACCACAACCACUACCACUACUACCAACACCAACACCACCACAACCACCAACAAAACUGUCGUCCUCACUGCUUCUGUUGCCAACUACAAUGAAUACUACGCAAAUGUGCAACGACAAUGUUCAACAAACGAAAAACCACUGCACCAAAUCGCCGGACACUGUUGGUAUGGACGGUGGUAACAAUACGGCCCUGUUGAUGGAUUGUUCCACUACGUUGUUUGUCUUCGCCAAUCCAAACGACGAUGAUUGCGAUCUGUUGAUAUCCACCGACCCAAUAAUACCGUCCACCACGGUUACCAUGACAACAAACAACACUGCAACCACGCCACCGGAUGAAUUGGUUUUGAUCGAUGCUCCAUGCGCUUUUGCGGUUGGUUUGCAAUCGAUCGUUCCUUCUGAUCGUACGCAAACGUUUGACGAUUAUUUGGAUCUUAGUGUCCAGGAAAUGCUCCAAAAAGCCACUACUGGUCAGCCCGAGGAUGGGCCAAAGAGCGAAAUUUUGGAUCCGCAAGUCGCAGAAAACUCAAGCCCGAUUGUUGCAGAUGACCUAGCAGUAAAAUUGUCCUCGUUUGUAGCAAAUCCGGCAAAAGCGUCACAUCCGGAAGAGUACGAGGACAUUGGAUCACUUGAUUUUAGCGCCGGUAGUAAUGGUAGUAACAAUGCUCAGUAUUCUGUCGCACCACAACCGGUGCAUCAUGAGCAGCAGCUGGAGGAGCAACUAGAAUCCGCCACACCGUCACAUCAUUACGUUUCAUCCCAUCAGCAGCAACAACCUAUGUCAAUUUCAUCCUCUCCAAACAGUGUGCCUGUGGUGCGAACGAUAAAGCUUCCAGAAACACAUAUUUUCACACCCAGUCGGGGUGUGACACCAAUCUCGCGCGAUAUUACCGAUCGUGACAUUGUUGUGCGUGAAUAUCACGACGUAGAAUAUAGCUUAGAAAGGUCAGCUGGAUCUUCGAUCUCCAGUAAAAAGGAAUCGGAAUUCGAUGAGUUUAACGACUUUCAAUCGGUAUCCGCCCUGCCACCGGCAUUACCAGACACAGCAGCUGCCAUACAUGCGAUCGGUUCUGUCAGACCAGUCAUUGGUCGAUCACCCACAGAAGAGCUGGAAAAGCGUAGACAGGAACUAAUUGGACAAACGAACAGUAUGGCGGAACGUAUCGAUAAUCAUGAUGAUGAUGCUGAUGAUGAUGAUGAUGAGUUUUCGGACUUUCAAACGGCAGUGCCGUCAAUGUCGACGGUUCCUCCGGUGAAUAAACCCGUUUCAAACGUUCAGAAUAAUCGAUCAAACACAAGUUCCCCGGUGAUGUUGCUCAGUCCCGCGAUAUUGUUACCUCAGCAAGCGAACACGGCCAUGGAGAAAGAAUCGCCUAAUGCACGCAAAAAUGCCCCGAUGGGUUCGAUCAAUUGGCCCGAUCCUGGAAUUGAUCCGGAUGAAUUGGCUCGGUUUGAAGCAGCGUUUGCAAAACCUUCCGUUUCUGCGCCGUCUGUCGUGGGAGCAUCUAAUGUAGCGCGCAACCAAAGCAUAGUAAGCACCCCGAAAGCCUCAGUUGAGGAGGAUGAGUGGUCGGAUUUUAUAUCAUCAAAGCCAGCCACGGAAAUGUCCAUCAAAUCGUCCCCUACUAGCUUACCUAAUGCUGGAGCUCCGUAUACAGGUAGCGAAGCGGAAACACAGGAGGAAUGGACAGAUUUCAUCUCUAGUACCGCGGGAACGGUCGGUGGCUAUACAUCGCACAAUCGUCUCUCGUCUAGUCAGAAUAAUUUCAACUAUCCACGCGCUUCCCCAGCAGUUGGCGGAGCCAGUGGAACGAAAGCAUCAAGUUCAUCCUGGUCUAAUCAACCGCAGCUACCCCCGCCACAGUUUAGUUCAUGGAAUAGUAACAGCCUGUACUACAAUCCGAUGUCUUCGUUGCCUUUAACGAAUCAACAGCACCCGUCUCAGUAUGUACCACAGCAUCAUCAGCAGCAGCAGCAACAAUUCUACAAUCGGCCCGAAAUGACUGCCAUGGUCUUUUCUGGUGCUGCUAACUACAGUGGUUCACCGAAAGUGCCAACCAACCCUCAACAUCAUCAUGCGCCAAUGGCGGGUACUGGAAUGUCGCCUAUGAUGUUGGGACAGCAGCCACCUAUGCAGCUUCUACCCGAGCUGUCGUUUAUAACACCUAAUGCGGGUGGACACAGUGCGGGCACGUCCGGUACCAAACCUGCGACACAUUCCUUUCUAAGCAACGUGAUAUCGAGCAGUAGUUUUACGAAGAAAUGAUUGUUACUUAACCACGGUUACGAUGGAAGCCGUGCCGACAGUGAAGGAAGCGGAACGGAAGCGUGCCGAAACCGGCCAGACCGAGGUCGCUAUCGUUUGCAUCCCAAUAGCAGUGCGGCCGAUUCGACUGGAGCAACCGUAACUGUGGGGGACAUAAUUAUGUAAAUACACACCGUGCAGAUUCCAACAGCGAUGAACGCGAGAUGCGUUAGGCGCCCUUUUUGUUUGUCGUUUUUAGCUAGGGAGAAUAUUUAUGACAUACCUCUCAUGUAUGCAACUGCAGAUACGCAAAAGGAAUACAAACUCUCGCGAACACAUGCAUAGAUGGAUGGCAUCUGUUGUCGUAUUAACCAAAAACAAAACAAAACAAAAAUAGCGAAAUCUUCGAAACCCAAUUAUGCUAGUUGUGGAGCAAACUAUGUGAACUUGCUUGCAAUCGUGAUAAGUCAAUCCUCGUGCCCCUUCCUGAAACAAAGCAAAACUAAAAGUAUUUAGGUCAUGGCUACCAGUCGAAGUAAUCUUAUAUCGACGGCAUCGUACUUAGUAGGAUUUUACGGCAUACUGUUGACAUGGUUAGAACCAUAAUUGUAGGUUGUAUGUUUUAUUUAUGUAUUUCUGGUUUUAAUUAUUCAAUGAAAAGUUUAUUAUGUUUACGACAUUAGCUGGUCCACCAACAGAUCACAUAUCUUUACGAGUCGAAGUUAUUUGCCUGCUUUCCUUGAUUAAACAUUACUUCACCAUGCAUCACGGUUAAUAUUUUAUUUGAUCUGAUAGUUAUUGCAGUGCGACUGACUGAAGGGUCGUCGCAAAAGAUAUUAGCGUAAACGCGAUGGCGGGAUAGAAUGAAGAUUUAAAAGAACAAAAUUUUGAUGUUACACAACAUUAUUGAUGAGUCGGCUGGCUUACCGUUUAUCAACUUCCUAACCUGGCACUUUCAAGCAGGAGGAUUUCUGAAGAGAAGGGUUUAAGAGAACAUUUCAGUUUUCAGUUCCACAUUCCGUACGUUAUUUUGUAUUUGCUAUCUAAAUAUAAAUUGAUCAGAUGGUUCUUCUUCAUCAAUAAUCGUAA